AUGGAGGAGCUGAAGCUGACUGCCGAAGUGUGCAGUAGACGAGUAUACUGGAGAGUGGCCAUGAUCAACGAGUUAGAAUCCGAAAUGAUUCUGGGAUUAAGUCAUUUGAAAGCGAUUCGAGCAAAACUCGAUCUGAGGCAGAGGAAGAUGGUAUUACCUCCUGCCUUGGUGGAACAGGAGGCAGCUGUGACUUCCAAAAAGGAUGAGUUCGAAAAAUUCCUGGAGAAGGAGCUGAAAAAAUUCAGAGAUGUGUCAGGUGCGACCCACCUCCUAGUGCAUAAAAUCAGGCUGAAGGAAGGAGCUGAAUCAUUCCGUCAACAUCCGUAUCCUUGUAACCCGCUUAUGCAAGAGGUGAUAAACAAGGAAGUCGACAGUAUGCUCAAUCAGUGGGUGAUUGAGCCGAGCAGCAGCCCUUGGAGUUCACCAAUUGUCUUGGUGAAAAAGGCUAAUGGGAAGAUGCGAUUCUGCAUCAAUCUCCAUCAGAUUAAUGCACUCAUGGAACGAGAUGCAUAUCCUUUGCCGAAUAUGACAGGCAUCUUAGAUUGA